AUGGGUUACUUGGUAUGCGGUAAUUGGAUCGGAUGGUCGUCGCCGGCCACCUACCUGAUGAAGCACAACAAGACCGAAUUGGACGUGACCAAUUACGGUAUGAUGAUCGCCAUGUACGACUUGGGCAACCUGAUCAGCCCCAUACCGUGCGGUUUUUUGCUGGGAUUAUUGGGCAGGAAGCUGACGAUCUGCGUCAUCGGACCGUUAAACAUGAUCGCCUGGACAGCGAUUCUCGUGUGGCCUUCCCGGUUGGAUGUGCUGUACGCGGCCAGACUGUUCGCCGGACUGGCCAAGGGGAUGACACUGUGCUCCAUACCCAUAUACGUGGGUGAGAUAGCCGAGGUCAAGUUGAGGGGUACCGUGUUGUCUAUGUUUCCGAUCAGUUUGGCGUUGGGCAUGAUAGGCAUACAGUCCAUCGGCCAGGUGCUCGAUUACCAACAGCUCAACAUGCUGGGUCUGUCGUUCUCGACCGUGUUCACGGUGCUGUUCUUAUUCAUGCCCGAGAGCCCUUACUACCUGAUGCAGAAAAAUCGGAGGGAUCAGGCCGAGAAAUCGCUCAGGCGCAUCCGAGCCAAGGGCGACGUUACGGACGAGCUGGAGAUGAUCGAGAAGACGGUCGCCAAGCAGAUGCAGUCAAAGGCGACGUACGGUGAGUUGUUCAUGAACAAGUCCAACCGGAAGGCUUUCGUCAUUACGGCGGGGGCUUGCGUGUUUCAGAGGCUGAGCGGCAUUAGUCCGGUGAGUAUAUCGUGA